AUGCUGGACAAGAACACCAGCCCGAGUACUUGCGCUACUACUCGAUGCAACACCAGCGAGACGCUUGAUGCCUUCAAAGAUCACGACGAAGACGACGGCGUGGCAGUCGAAGACGAUGAGGCAGACGAUGCUGUAGAAGCAGUCGCUUCUCCACCACCGAAAAAGGGUCGCAGCGCCUCCUUCGCCGAACCCCAACGACGGCCCUCCCGAAUCCGUAAGGACGCCGCGGUCGAUCCCAGCAAUCUUGAGGGCCCCGAAGCCCCACCAUGCGCAGGUCCGGGCUGCCCUCAGCCCUCACAGCUAUGCCGGCAGACUUCCCGCAACUCCAACCGGCCCCCAUCACCGCACUAUCCACACAUAGCCCUCAGCCUCUCACGCUCCGUCUCUGCCCCCGGGGCGGUGUAUAUCGAAUGGGAGGAAGGAGACUCAGAAGAUCCGAUGAACUGGCCGCGGAGGAAGAAGUGGACAUUGGUCAUUGCUGUGUUCCUGUUCACGGCCAUCACGGCUAUCAUUGCCGUCGGUUUCGACGCUGGUCAAGAGCAAGUGACCCGCGAGUUCGGCGUUUCUGGAACAGUCUACCUACUGGGAAACACCGCCUACCUAGGCUCCGUCGCCGUCGCGCCGCUCAUCCUCGCCCCCUUCUCCGAGCUGGUAGGCCGCAAGGAGAUCUUCAUCGUCUCCGCCUUCCUCACCGCCCUCAUGCUCAUCCCACAAGCCCUGGCCACAAACAUAUACGGAAUCCAUAUCCCGAGAAUCGUGCAGGGUGCGGCCGCCUCUGCUGGAAACUCAGUGACGGGUGGGAUUGUGGCGGACCUGUUCAGCUCACACGACCGUGGGCUGCCCAUGGGCUUCUUCGCCGCUAUCGUCUUUAUCGGUCAGGGUAUCGGACCGCUCGCUACGGCGUAUACGGUGCAGGCGCACGGCUGGCGUGUUUCCCUCUGGUGGCAGGGGGCCGUUGCCCUCUUUGUCGCAGUGGUCAUGCUUGUCCUGUUCGAUGAGACACGCGGGCCCGUCCUGCUCUCUCGUCGAGCAAAGAAGAUGACAAAGGAGUGCGGCGGCAAGACGAUCUACCGCUGUCGAGCAGACGACGAGAAGCUCAGCGUGCUUCAGAUGGUCAAGACCAGUGUUUCGCGCCCACUCAUUUACCUCCUUACGGAGCCCAUCGUCACCAGCUUUGCACUCUGGAUCGCCCUGCUCUGGGCAAGCGUCUUCAUGUCGGUCGGAUCGAUCCCAAUCGCCUUUGGCGACGCAUAUGGCUGGACGGCACAACAGUCUUCGCUCGUCUUGCUCAUCCUGGCCGUUGGUGGAUGCCUGGGCUGGCUGCUCAACCUCGUACAAGAAGCCCUCUACAAUCGCGCCUGGAAGCGCCAUAAUGGCGAGCCACCACCGGAAGCGCGACUCUACCUACCCUCCGUGGGCGCAAUCAUGGUGCCUGUGGGCCUCUUCUGGUUCGCCUGGGGCUGCCGAGAGGGAGUCGAUCCGGUCGUGCCCAUCCUCGGGCUAAUCUUCUUCGCUACGGGCGUAUUCCCAAUCUACCUGGGCGUAUUCGUCUUCCUCAGCGACGUCUUCCGCCGAUACGCAUCGAGCGCGCUCGCUGCACAGUCCUUCUUGCGCAACGUGCUCGCCGGUACGCUCUCGCUGGCCGUUCCGCCCAUGUACAACAACCUGACACCCCCGAUAGCCUCUUCCGUCCUCGCGGCUAUUGCGGCCGUUUUAGGUCUGACGCCUUUCAUUCUGUUCGCCUUUGGGCCGCAGAUCCGAUCCAUGUCCCGUGUAGCGAAGGCGUUGCAGCGUGAGGAGGAGGAGGCUGAGGAGCAACGACAGGCGGCGAGGGAGAAGGAGUUAAGGAGGGAAAGGAGAAGACGAGCAAAGGAAGAGACGCUUGCCAAGUAUGGGCGUGCAGCUGACGGGCAGCAAGAUGACGCCACGCCCGUUACUGCCUCUACUGGAAUGACGAUGUUGAGACUGGCUAGGUUGAGGGAAGAGGAAGAGGCAGAAGCAGCGAGAGGGGUAACAGGCGAUGAUGAGGAGAAGCAGGCGUCACAAGUAGGACGAGGGUAG